AUGCAUUUUUCCACUCUUGCUGGUGCUAGCCUCCUGGCCUCGGCUGCUAUGGCCUACCCUCACAAUAUGAAGCGUACAUCCACCGGUCAGACUGUUGUUUACUGGGGUCAGAACUACGCGGGUGCCCCGGAGAACAAUGAUUUGUCUACCUACUGUGACGGUACAUCUGGAAUUGACAUCAUUGUCCUCGCUUUCUUGAACGACUAUGGUACAGACGGUGAGACUAUUCCCUAUGGUACCAUUGGACAGAACUGCCAGGUCAGCAGUAGCGGUACCGCAACAGACUGCGACGACUUAGCCGCUGCUAUUACUACCUGCCAGGAUGCCGGCAUCACCGUCCUCUUGUCCCUUGGUGGUUCUUCUGGUUCCUACACCGUCACCUCACAGAGCGAGGGCGAAACCAUCGGACAGUAUCUGUGGGACGCCUACGCCAGCCCCAACGCCACCAGCUCCAGUUCGACUACUCGUCCAUUUGGCGACGCGUACGUCAAUGGUUGGGACUUUGACAUUGAAGCCAACCCAGGUGAAGACAACUCCAACUACCAGUACUUGAUCUCGACUCUUCGCUCCAACUUCGACAGUGACCCUGACAAUACCUACUACAUCACCGGAGCUCCUCAAUGUCCCAUCCCCGAGCCCAACAUGCAGUCCAUGAUCGAGAACUCCAAGUUCGACUACCUCUGGAUCCAGUUCUACAACAACCCCGGCUGCUCUACCAACUCCGGCACCAACUACGGUGACUGGAUCAGCAACAUUGCCAACACCUCGUCUGCCGAUGCCAAGCUCUUCAUUGGUGUCCCUGCCGGAGAGCUCGCUGCCAAUGGUCAAACUAGCGGCGAGGUUUACUACCUCGAACCCUCAGAGCUUGCUACCAUCGUUGCCAACUACAGCAGCGAGGCCGCUUUUGGUGGUAUCAUGUUGUGGGAUGCUGGUUUCUCUGACAACAAUGUCAACGAUGGCUGCACCUACGCCCAGGAAGCUAGCAGCAUCUUGAGUACUGGCAGCCCCUGCUCUUAA